UUGCAACUGAUAUUUAGCUAUUUGUUUCCAAUCUAGUUCACAAUGGGACGUGUGAUCAGGGGACAGAGAAAAGGUGCGGGUUCAGUUUUCAGAGCCCAUGUGAAGCACAGAAAGGGCCCCGCUAAGCUUAGGGCUGUCGACUUUGCUGAAAGGCAUGGCUACAUCAAGGGUAUUGUAAAAGAUAUUAUUCAUGACCCAGGUCGCGGUGCUCCUCUUGCCAAGGUGGCUUUCCGUGAUCCUUACAGGUUCAAAAAAAGGACUGAAUUGUUCAUCGCAGCUGAAGGCAUUCAUACUGGCCAGUUUGUGUACUGUGGCAAGAAGGCCCAGCUAAACAUUGGAAAUGUCCUUCCUGUUGGAACCAUGCCAGAAGGCACAAUUGUGUGCUGUGUUGAAGAAAAGCCAGGUGAUCGUGGAAAACUUGCUCGGGCAUCUGGUAACUAUGCCACAGUUAUCUCACACAACCCAGAAACAAAGAAAACUAGAGUGAAAUUGCCUUCUGGAUCCAAAAAGGUCAUUGCCUCUGCAAACAGAGCAAUUGUUGGGGUUGUUGCUGGUGGUGGUCGUAUUGACAAACCCAUUCUGAAGGCAGGUCGUGCCUACCAUAAAUACAAGGCAAAGAGAAACUGCUGGCCACGUGUCCGUGGUGUGGCUAUGAACCCUGUUGAACAUCCCUUCGGUGGUGGUAACCAUCAACACAUCGGUAAACCUUCAACAAUCAGGAGGGACGCUCCAGCUGGUCGUAAAGUUGGUCUUAUUGCUGCCCGUCGUACUGGUCGUCUACGUGGUACAAAGACUGUACAGGAGAAGGAGAACUAAUUUUUCAGAAUCCAACUUGCAAAAUAAACUAUACAAAAAUUA